GAGAUAACAUCAAAGAUUUUGAAAUCUAGUUUAAACGAGAAUUUAUGCAAAAAGAUAUAAAUAUAUAUAUUUAUUGAGAUAAUUCGUAAAUGUUUUAUCUAUAACACAUCAAAUAGUUUUACAUCUGUGACUGCUGGUACCGCCUGACAAGCUAGAGCAAGGUUAUUAACCUACCUGCGUAGGGUUAACAUUCAUACAGUUGAUGGACGCACACUAUGACUUUUGGACUUCAUGAUUACCUUUGUUUUGUGAUAUUUAUACUCACUGUUGGAAAACUGCAAGGUAUAUCACAGGUGCCUGUGAUAGAAGGUGUUGUAAAAUCCGAAGAUGGCAGACCGAAAGUUCAUGGCAAUGAGGGUAAAAGUUUAACUGUGACAUGUACAUCUGAGCUGGACAUGAUAACAUUGAUGUAUAAUAAUACUGACUACAAUGAAACGUCUCUGAAUAAUGGAAGUUACUCAGUUAACUUCACAAUCAUUGCGGUGCGUGGGGAUGAUGGACAGAACAUUACUUGCCAAGCAUUAAACUCAACUGAUGGAGGAGAGUAUGAGACAUGGGCUGUCAUAUAUUUGAGUUUAAAACCAACUGACAUCAGAUUAGAAGGAGUGGGUACAGUUGAGGAAAAUGAUAAUGUUACUAUCACAUGUACUUCAACAGGAAGUCGUCCAGCGCCAGAUUGGAUGGCCAUAUGGAUUUAUACAACAGUUGUAAAUGAAACAUUAAUAGUUCUGUAUGACAAUAUAACAGACACAUAUACAGCAUCUAUUACUUUUACUAGACAGAUAGAUAGAGGGAAUAAUGGUAUGCCUGUUGUUUGUUAUGUAGUAAUGACAAAUUUAUCAUUUAUCGGCUUUAAGAACAGUGGAAAUUUUUAUGUACAUUAUGGUCCUGACAUUGACCAAGUUUAUCUGACUGGACGUACUUCUGGAAAUGAAGGAUAUAUGGAAACCUAUAAAUGCAGCACAGGAUACACUAACCCCAAUGCAACGAUUCAUUGGUUUAAUGGCUCAGUCGAAAUUUUUCCACCACAGCCACCAGAUGUUAUAGAACAUUAUACACAAAACAGCUUUUAUAAAGGGAAAUACUUUAGUUCUUCCCAAGAAUGGGAGAUCAAAUUCAGUAGAUAUCACAAGGGUACAGUUAUAAAGUGUGUUGUUCUGGGUACAAAUAAUAAUUCUGUCACAGUUACAAAGACUAUAUCAGAUAUAUUUUACAAACCAGAGUUAGAGAUUACAGGGCACCAGUUGAUAGAUAAUGUAACAGGACACUAUAUCAUUAAUGAAGGAGAAACACUGAAUCUGACAUGUGAAUUGUUAGGAGCUAAUCCAGCGACAACAGUUACCUUUAGUAGUCCUGGAACCUCAGGAUCCACUACAGCAUCUUUGAUCAUAACAGACAUCCAAAUUCAUCAUGACAGAGACCUAUUUACAUGUUCAUCAGCUAACUCUGCUGGGACUGCUUACAUCGAUAUAAGGCUUGAUGUUCAAUAUGGUCCUCAUAUAUCUAACGGAUUCAGGAAUUAUGUGGAAGAGGGUGGAAACAUAACCGUUGAAUGCCGUGUGGAAUCAAAUCCACCUGCCACAGUCUGGUGGGAAAAAGAGGGAGAUAACUCUACACGUUACAAUGGUAACAUGCUGGUUCUGACAUUGGUUAGCAGGGAACAGGGUGGAGCAUACAUUUGUUUUGCAGCUAGUUACAGAAAAUAUGAAAGUGGGAUAACAGAAGUUAUGUCAAAUGAGACUUUUAAAGUAGAUGUUCAAUAUGGUCCAGGUUCAUCAAUACGACUGAGUCCUAAUGUAACAUCCUUAGAACUGGAUACUGGUACCCACGUCCCUGUAAUUAGAUGUAUUGCUGACUGUAACCCAGAGUGUCAGUACACCUGGUACUUUACCAGUGGUAUGAUCAAGAGCGGUUCAGAGCUAAACUUGGGCAAUGCCAGUAGUUACUGGCAUAUUGGUGAGAUUAAAUGUAAAGCCGAGAACAAUGUCUUCAGAAUAAAGUACACAGCUCAUACCACAUUUACAAUGUUUAUCAGAUAUCCACCCAGUAUUGACCAGGUAGAGCCGAACAGUAUAAACUGGUAUAGUGAGGGCAGUGAGAUCCAAGUCACAUGUGAUGUUAAAAGUUAUCCUCAGGCUAAUAUUACGUGGUACAGAAAUAAUAUGGAAGUAAUCCCUCCAGAUACUUACAACACCAAUGAGACAACAACAUGUCAGUACGAUUGUUCUACUAAGGGAGUUCUGACUAUAAAACAUGCGGCGUGUUUAGAUCAUAAAAGUCACUAUACCUGUCAUGCUGAAAAUAUCAUGGGUAAAACUGUAAUGGAGUCUCUUAAUGGUGUCAGUAUUCAAUGUCAUGCAAGGCCAGCUCAUGAUAAUGUUUACAACUUUACAUUACGAGAGGGAGAAGGAAUUAAUUUGACUGCCACUUAUAUUUCAAUCCCUUCUCCAUAUGUCAGAUGGUUUUUUAGACACGCACCCACAUCAAAUAACAUUAGUCUACAUGUAGAUUCAUCAGGCGGUAGACAAGACAACAUCUACUACAGAUCAGAAUAUGAGAUCAAGUACUUGAGAAGUUAUGAUUUUGGUCAAUAUUUGGCUGUUGGUAACAAUUACGUCGGAAAUGUAGAUUCCACCAUAAUAUUCAACAUUUUUGAGGAUACAACUAUUCCUGCAGGUUGGCCUCUCAGACCAUUUGGUUUAGAAGUAAGAUGUACAGAAAACUCAGCCGAAUUCAGUUGGAUAUCGGCAUAUAAUGGUGGCAGCAAUCAAACUUUUACUGCUUACUACUCUUGGUUUAAACCUGGUAAUAAUAUCAAAGGACCAGAGGAAAUUGCAGAUACUGGAGAGGGUACUCGUAUUAAAGUCAGUAUACAGCCAUUAGAUACUGGCUAUCCAUUUUUCGUCACUGUCUCAGCCAAAAAUGUCAAUGGUAUGACAGAGUCUGAUGCCUAUGUUAACUGUAGCACUUCUAAGACAGAAACAUCAUCACCAAAAUCAAGAGAGCAAAAAUCAUCAAACAAUGCAGGUGUGAUUGCUGGUGCAGUAAUUGGUGCUAUCCUAUUCAUAGUAGUGGUCGCUGUAAUUAUGUUUAUUGUUGCUAAAAGGACCCAGAAAGUCAAAGGGAAUGUGAAGUUUGCAGAUCUUCAUUUAAGUUUUUAUAAAAGUAAAGAUUGAAAAAAAACAAUUAGAAAGAAGUUUCUGCUAUGGAAUCAUAUCAUCGAGAAUGAAAUCUUGCAAUUUAGAUUGUGAUUCUUUGAUUGGCAUUCAAAUAUUUUAUCGUCCUCUUGCAGAAUGGCAUGUUCUACUUUCAAUUGAUACUAUGCAGAUAGGAAUCUUCUUGUCAUUGAUUACACCUUUGUAAUCUUUCAGCAAAAUAAAUCAAAUGGAAUGGUGCUCAACAUAUGAUUUGUGCAAUUUAGUUUUUAUCAUCUACUGUUGUGAGUGUUGUUAUUUAAAUUUUACUUGUUCUUGCAAAAAGAAAUGUGUUUUGUUUUAAAAAGAUUAGAAUGUAAUGCUUGCAUGGCAGUGUCAACACAUAGAGAUCACUAGUAAUGGUUUUGGAAUUGCAUCAUUCUUAUUCAUACAUCAUUAUGAGGUAGGUAAGACAUACCUACCCCAUAAACCGUGAAAGUUGGCAGGUCUGUCCAUAUUCUUUUUCACAUUUGUACUACACAUAAAGAAGAAAAAGAAUAUUUUAUUCCAAUUAAUGGCCGUGGAGGGCAUAAACAUUUGGAAUAGCAAUAACAUCAAUAAUUUGAGAUUAAAACAAAUAACUUUCAAUAAACUCAAGUGAUAUAAAACAUCUUUUUAAAGUAACUGUUAAUAUUUUUAAAAGCAGCCCAAGAUAUGGAGUCUUUAUCUUAUAAUAUCAUUAUGCCUCUUUAAUAUAAUUUAGCAUGGCAAAAAUUAGAAAUGACACAUGUAAGGGCAUUGUUUAUCAAAUUAGAGUGAGCUACCAGCAAUUUAAAUAUAUUUUAUUGUGGGACCAUUGAUUUUGAAAUUUAUAAGUAUAAGUAUGUACAUUUAUAGCAUUAAAGUUCGUUUUUACUUGUAACAGACAUAUUUACACUUGUAUGCAAAUUUGUCCGUCAUUACUUAAAAUCACAAAAGUUCCCGUAAAAUUUAACAUCCCAAUUUAAAAAAUUAGAUGUCGCUUGACGUCAGAAGGUUAUUAGGAGACAAAUCUAAGGUCAUUCGGAGACAAAAUUCAGCUAAAUAUCAAAAGUGUGAAUACGUUUAUUGUCAUGUAGCAUUUUUGUCACAAUAGUAAAAUUCGUAAUCAGCAAAUCAAAAGUGCUAUGUAAAUAUAAGUAUCAUUGAUAUGUUAUGUAUUUGUUAAGAUAAGAGCUAUGAAAUCAGAUGAUUGGUUAUAAAAAUUUAAAUCUGUAUGUAAAUUCAUGUUUUGUGAGUCACAUAACAAGCUAUGUUUUAAGACUUAUAUGUUUUGUAUUUACAACAUACUUUUAUAUAUCAUAAUUAUACAUAAAAGACAUGUUUUUCUUUUCUUCAUAUUGAAUGUAUUCUGUUGAUAUGAAUUUUCAAAAUAUAAUUUAUUUGCACUUCAGGUAGUUGCUGUGAACAUUUUAAUGAUAUUGUUCAUUUUGAGCGAUAAAAUUUCUUUCUUAUAAGUUUAUAUUAUAGGGGCCCUUUAUUUAGAAAAAUAUAUGAUUUAUGUUUGUGAAGUUAUUAUAAAGGGUCAACAUUAAUUUAACCCAAUUUAUGAAAUCUGGUUAAAUUCUUUUUUACUUUGUAUAAUAAGGAAAUGGACUACCAUAUUAUAGGUUAAACUUACUUUUAAGUAAGGACACUAAAUUUUGGAGGAUAAAUAUAUAGGAUCCUGUCUUUCCUUCUGUCCAUCUAUCAAAUGUUCAUGAAACUUUGUACAUUGUAAGAUCCUAACAUGAAAAUGUGCAUUUAAGUUGUGCAUCCUGAUAGGUUAACAAAUCCUAGAGUUAUGCCCCUUUAUAUUUAUAUUUUUUUUUUAUUCUAUUGAGUAUGCAAUUUGUGGAUGCAGCUUUCCUACAUACUUCAUUAGAUGAUCAUGAUACUUUGUACAUCCUAACAUGAAUAUUUGCAUAAUAAUAGGGCAUCCUGGUAGGUUGACAAAUCCCAGAGUUAUAUCCCUUUGCACUUUGAAAUUUCAAUAAUUAUCAGUAUACAUUAACAUGCAUAUCAUUUUGUAUUUAUUUUAUAUGUUAUAUUGUAAACUAUUGUAUUUUUAUAGCUCAGAUAUUGUCCCAGGGAACCUUUUACAAAAGAUAAGGAUUUCUAAUUUAGAGCAGAUUUACUUACAAUAAUACACAAUUGUCUGUAUAUCACUUUUGAAAAACCAUGACAAAACAAAAUGAGCAUUACUGAAAUUAUUUGCCAUAUUUUUUUUAAAUCCUGUAGACUGUUUUGCUCCAAAUUUACAUAAAAAUGCCACCAAAGUAACAAGUAUACACUAUGUGGAUGCUACCCCAUCUACAUACUUCACCAGAUAUUUAUGAAAAUCUUUGUACAUUGUAAGAUCCUAACAUGAAGAUGUGCAUAUAAAUAGAGUCUUUUGGUCUGUUCUGAUUUCACUCCUUUGCACUUAGAAAUUUUGUAUACUAUUAAUUAUUGAUGAAUAGAUUAGAUUAGAAAUCUGCAUUAACAUGCAUAUCAUUACUGUAAAACUAGGAAUCAUAUAUUUGGAGCUAACAGAAAGUGAAAGUAAGGUAUUUGUCCUGCCCUGCUGACAGUUUUAGUUGUUUCUUUGUUCUUAAAUAAAUUUUUACAAAGAUAUUUGUUAAAUCAAAUGAAGGGGUAUUUAAAUACAAAAUAAUGUAGCAUCUCUUAUCAUGUUUUCCAUAACUAUUAUUUCAUGUAUUAGAUAAUAAGCUCAGGAUGACUAAUUUCAACUUUCAAUUCAUGAUACAAAUCUAUGUGAUUGAUAUUUUUAUAUUGUAUGCUGAUUUGUACUUUUGUAUUUAUUUUAUGUGUUAUAUUGUAAACUAUUGUAUUUUUAUAGCUCAGAUAUUGUCUCAGGGAACCUUUUACAAAGAUAAGGAUUUCUAAUUUUGAGCUGAUUUACUUACAAUAAUACAUAAUUGUUUGUGUAUCACUUUUGAAAAACCAUGACAAAAAAAAUUGAGCAUUACUGAAAUCAUUUGACAUAUUUUUUUAAAUUCUGUAGACUGUUUUGCUCAAAAUUUAUAUAAAAUGCCAGCAAAGUAACAAAUUAAAAUAUUUUUUAUCUUGAAUCAUUUGUUCCAACAUUCACGAUUAAUGCUAAUGCAUUGUUUCUUUCUUUAUGAAAAUUAUUUAGCAAACAGAGCAAGAAAAUUAUAGGCUGUCAGAGGACUUUUUGUUUAUCCUACUUCCUAUGAACUAUCAAAAAUAUUGGUUUAGUCUAUUAUUCUUGCUAAAAUUAUAUCAUUACAGAGACCAUGAUAUAUACCAUUUCAAAAUCUAAGCAUUCUGGGUAACAUUUUCAAAAGUGUGCAAGCACUCAGGCUUCCUUCACCAAUAAAAACUGACCACCAUGAAAUGGCCAUUAGUGCUGAAAGUGGAAUCAAACACCAAUCAAUCAAUCAAUCAAUCAAAAUUGUGCACCAGAAUGUUGUGUUUGGCAUAUUGUUUUUUAUACCCCUGCUUUAAAAAAGUGGGGGUAUACUGUUUUACUUCUGUCUGUCCUUCCAUCCGUCCGUCUGUCCGUCUGUCUGUCCAUCCGUCAGUCCGUUCAAUGAAUAUUUUUCGUCGCAUCUUUCUCAGGAACUACAUCAUACGGAUUUCUGAAAUUUGGUUUCAGGGUUUAUAUAAGUCAGCUAUACCGUGUGAUGUGUUUUCAGAUUCAUCACUCAACAACUUCCUGUUUACCGAACACCUACAUAUUUUUACACUAUUAAAAUUAUCCACUUGUUGGGGGAGGGGGAGGGGGGGGGGGUAUCAUCAGUGACCAGUAGCUCACAGUUUCACUUGUUUUUCCUUAAUUACCCUGUUCUAAUGGCUAUAUUGUAAAUUGUGAGCAGACAGAUUCAUAUUUAGUGAUUUAGAAAAUAUUUGUGUCUGUUGUAAUGGGGCAUUUAAUCAGAUUUAUUAUAUUUAAACAGUUUUGAUAUGAACAUAUCAUUUAUAUUUGUGAUUUAUAUUGUAUUGUUGAAUAUUUAAUGUCAUUUUGUGAGUUUUUAUAUAUUUUUAUAAGAAAGACAAAUAAAAACUAUGAUGUUGAAAUCACACUACAGUUUUGAUACAUCAAGGUUUUAAAUUGAUGAAAUAAUAUUAUAUUUAAACUCCUUAAACUCAUUUUUGGUAAAAUUAUCAUAUGUUUAUUACAACAGAAACAAUUUUUAACUUUAGAAGGUUUGAAAAGGCAAAUGGAAACAUAUUGAUUCUAGGAACAACUAAAUGCAACUAUUUCAUAAAGGCACAGUUUAUAAAUAAGUGUUCCUUGAUAUGCAGAAAACAAAUAUUCUAUUGAUAUUCACUAUAAAUUCAUGGUUUAAUGAAUAGAUAUAUCAUGUAAAAUAUCAAGCAAUCAAUGUGAAAUGUAAAAAAAUCUAUUUGCAUUUUCUCCUGACCAGUUUACAGUACUUCUAUGGUCAUAUCUUUUUGUUUCCCUCAUUGCUGAUACAAAAGACCACAUGCCUGUCAAAUAUGUAGUUAAGACUUUCACCUAUUAACAAAAAUAUCAAAGAAUCAAGCAAUGUGUGAUCAUGUUUUCCAUAAGUGUGUCAAUGUUAGCUAAUUUUUUAAACACUACAAUUAGAUCGUCACAUUUAAGGUUUCAUAAAAUAUAUGUAGCUCAUAUACGACCUUUCACCAAAGAAGUACCAUUUCCUGUAAUAUACAUGAUUGAAUUUGGUCUGUCAAUAUGAAAAUUAAUAGAUGUGGUAUGAUGAGACAACUCUCCACCAGAGAUCAAAUGUCGUAGAAGAUUAGCAACAUGUUUUUGCUAUGGUGUUCAGUAGACCGACAUUUUUCAAAAUCCUAAAAUGAGUUCAUGAAUUGUUCUAGAACUUAGACUUUCCUUCACUAUAGUUCAAGGACUGUUCAUGAAGAGUUCAAGUACUCAUUUUUGAUUCAGCCAUGCUGGAUCUAUGCGAUCACUCUGGUUUUGGAGAUGGUGCAGAAUACCAAGUUAAAGACAUAUCAUGAAACUUACAAUGUGUCUUUAUGACUUGCAGAAACUUUCUACACCAUUUUAAUCAUCAACUGCCAACUUUUGACAUGUUAUUUGCCCUUAAAUUUAGAAAAGAUUGGUCGAACAACCCUUUUAUUUUAGAUACACACUUGCAUAUAGUUCCCUUGUAAAU